AUGGAGCUUGUUCUGAAGACAACCAAUGUCAAGACGGGUUUCAAUGUAUCAAUAAUAAGUGUCAAUGCAAACCAAACUACACACCGUUGUCAACCCAUCAGUGCAUCAAGCCUUAGCACUAAAAUUUAUAUACAUUGUUAUACUGUCUCAUUUUUAGCGGUCUAUGUUCCGUCUUGCAAUAACUCCUUGGACUGCAGUGACCCUUGGCACGCUCAAUGCUCCAAUAAAAAAUGUAUCUGCACGACAAAUCAUAUUGCUAUUAAUAAUGUCACCUGUUAUCCAAUUCUGGGCGGAUACUGCUGGCUGCAGCGUCAAUGCUUGACGGUAAAUUCAGAUGGCUACUCGAACGCAGGCACUGGCGGCACUGGUGGUAAUUUCACCCAUUUUAUGCGCAUGCGCACGGUCAAAUUACCGUUUCUCAGUGCCGGCAGUGCCACCAGUGCCGCCAGUGCCUGCGUUCGAGUAGCCACUGUUAUUUACUCAUUAACAAUAUCGGAUGGUUAUCUUUAA